AUGCACCCUCCGCCUGUGUGUGAUGGAGAGGGGGCGGGGGAGCAGGAGGCAUCAAGGGGAGAAGGAGAGGAAACCAGAGACACAGGACCAGACCAGAUUAGGCAGGACCCCACAGUGAAUGGGAGGAAAAGCAGAAGACAGAAGCGUCCUGACUGCUGGGGGAAGAAAGGUUUUCAAGGAGGUCCGGGGUACGGAAAGCCCCAGCGGUUUAGGCAGGAGAAUGUCCAAUUCGACGGCUACGGGGACCAGAGCAUGGACCCCAAGCGGCUGGCGAAUUUCUCUAGCGGGCUCUUGAGGGACGAGGAAACUGACAAGAGCCUGCGGCUCCUGCCCGGACCCCAGCGGGCUGCAGCCCUACCAUCCACCCCCACUGCAACCACAGCGGUGACCUGCUCAGAUUGA